AUUUUUCGUUCGCAGAAAAGCUCAUUCUAUUAAAAGGCAAUGGUGACACUUCAUCAUAGCAGCCUAAGACGAAACUACUUCUAGCGACAAAUCAGAUGCGUAGUAGAAUUCUACUUCGAAGUGUGUCAAAAUUCAAAAAACAGAAGGGUAUUCUUAUGCAGUCGAAUCAGCCACGCCCAACACCGUCAAGUAGUCAAGCAAAUGUACCCCGUAAAAGGAAUACACACAUACAAAGUUUGAAGUCUAGACUUCGAACAAAUAUUAAUUCAAUUUUGUCUAAUUAUGAAAUGAUUCUAUCUCGAUCUAAGAUUGAUCCAAAUGAAUUGGCUAAAGGAUUGAAUCCGUAUACUCAAUGUGCUCAAGAUACAUUUGAGUUUAGCGUGAGAGCUGCUAACAUUGUUCAUGCAUGUGAAAAUAUUGCUCGUUUAGUAUCAGAAAUUAAACAAUAUUUAAUAUUAGGUGAUUUUUGUUGGUUAGCUGAGGUUACAGAAUUCAAUCGUGAAAAACUACGUCGUCGAACACUGGAUAUCGAUCGUGCGACAAUCCGUCUACGUGAUAAACUUAUAACAGAAUUGCAUAGUUUAGACGAGGAGACAAGUCCAGAUUAUCCUAUCCCAGCAUCAUCAUCGUCAUUAUCAUCAGUGACUUCAUCGUCAAUGGAUACAACAUAAAUAUUUGUGAAGUGUGUAUAUCAGUCAAAGAGGAUUACUAAAAGGACUCAGGUCACACACACACUAUGAAACUUUUGAUCGCUUCAUUUUUAUUUGUACAGAUUUAUGUAAAUAAAUAUAUGAAUGUUAAUUUGAUAAAUAAUUAUAUUUAUU